AUGUUUUCUAGCUCUAUUUUAGAAAAUAUAUCAGAUUCAAAUCUGGCUGACAUUAAUUAUAACGAUAAUCAAAACAAUGAAAAAAAUAAUAAUAAUAAUAAUAUCGAAUGUUUAACUUAUACCAAGAAAACUUUAUUUGAUACAACUUUUUUUAGACAUAUUCAAGAAGAAUUAAAUGGGAAUGGCAAUAACAAUGCCACUUACAAUGCAAGGGGUGCUGCUAAUCUGAAUAGAAUUUCAGGAAAUAACAGCAACAUCGAAGAAAGAACUCAAGUAUAUCGAAAGCAAAAUUCUAAAAAUGGAUUUCAUAAGAGGAGAAGAAGGUUUAUGGACAGGUUCAUACCUUUGAAUGCAUAUACCCCUAGCACUGACAUUCCGUUUUUCACUUUUAAUGAGAAUGAUGUAGCUUGUAACAUGAUGUUUGAGGAAAACUACAGAUAUAUGAAUAGCCUGAGAAAAGAUAUUAAAUAUUUAGGUUGGAACACUUUUGUUCCAAUUGGGUGUGAUAAAACUAUGGCUGAAUUAGAACAUUAUUUAAAAGAAGAAGAGAGAAAUACACUACAAAUAAAAGAAUUAGAUUAUUCUAAUAGAGUUCUUCGUAGAUCCCUGUACGAAAAUAAUAAUAACACUAAUAAUAACCAUGAUACUUCGGUGCAUAGUGUAAAUAUGGACAUUAAUUUAGAUGGGGAUAUAACGGAUUCUUAUGAUAUGGGUCAAGAUUAUGCUAUGGUAGAGGAAGAUGAGUAUGAAUAUGAAGAACAUGGCCAGUAUGAACAUAAUUCUUACUUAUACAAUGAGGAAUUGGGGGAACAAGGUCACAAUGAGGGUUGGUAA